AGGUGUCAAAAUUGACUGCAGAUUUUGUGAAUGUCAUUCGAGAAACCUAAAAUUUUCGAUCACUGUUUCUAGUUUUGUGUUGCUGGAUAAGGAAAUAAUCGAAUUUUAGAUACCCGUUUCGCUGGGGUCGCCUAAUCAGCUAAUGUCGCCAUUCGAGACGUGCACGAAAGGUCUAAAUUAUCUAGAAAAAUAACAAUAAUUUAUCAAGACAUAUUUGUAGCAAAUCGUAACGUAAAUACAAAACUAACACUAUCAAGUUUAUGGUGCCUAUUUUUGUACAAGACCCUAAAAGAUGGAUCCGAUUGGCGUAGAUAAAACUAUGGCUGAACCUGAUUUUCCAUCAUCAAGUCGAGUGUCUGGUCUUCGACAACAAACAUGCGAACAAGGCCGUAAAAGGAAAUUAUCCACUGAGGUGGAUAGCAAGACGGUGGAACCAGAUGCAAAACAUCAGUUGGUAGAAGAAGCUAAGAGCUUCAAUAAUGCCACAGAACCGCUUUGGUCAACAUUGGCCGUUAAUAUUUUAGAUCUCAGUGACGAAAUACUGUUGUUGAUAUUUCAACAUUUGGAUAGUAACAGUUUGCUUCUGCUAUCAAAAGUUUGUUUAAGAUUGCAGCGGCUAGUGGCUGACAAAACACUAUGGACAAAUGCUGAUUUCACCUCAGCGAAAUUAACUACAGCGGAAGUACGUCAACGCAUUAGCCACCUACAACCAGCCAAUACAAAAAUGUUAAAGCUUCGUGGUAUGACAAGUGUAUAUCCUGCAGAAAUGUGGAAUGUGCCAACGCUAACAGUUGGUAUUCUGCAGACAAUCGCAACGCGUUGUACUUUAUUAGAUCGAUUGGAAUUAACAGAAGCAUAUUUGGAUAUGAACAAAAUCAACAUUACAAUGUUUCCCCAUGCUUUACGUUCGUUGGUAUUUAGAAAGUGUGCAUUAUCAGUGCAAAAUAUUAACAAUCAGUUCGUGUUGCCCAACCAGCAAAUUCGAUCAUUUCUAACGAACAUGUACAAAUACCUCAUUCGCCUGGAAGAGCUCACAAUAGAAUAUUGCGCUUGGUUCGACACACAUGAUUUAAUGGUUCUUUCUAAACUUCCGAAUUUACGAUACCUCAGCCUGAAGGGUUGUGCUAAUAUAAAAGAUAGUGUCCCAUACGCCAGUUUAGCAACGCGGUUCGGAUUCAAGAAGCUCGAAACACUCGACUUACGCGACACACCGAUAUCGGAUUCAGAUGUCAGCUGUUUUAAUAUUGUACACUCUCUGAAAGAAUUAAGGCUGGAAUGUCCCGAACAUUUGCGAACGGAAAGAGGACUAAACGAAUAUAAUGAAGCAGAACGGCAACGCGUUGAGCAAUUACACCGUUUGGCUAUGCCAGAUCCACACCAGAAUGAAGAUGCUGAUCGUCCCGGGGAUGAUAUUGCUGCAAACCCGAUUCAUAUCCAUAACGAAGCACCAGUGGAAGGUGCCCAGUUGCCUCCACCUAUUCCGCGGCCUAGACAUGGAGUGUUUGAGAUACGCAUAAUACACGGUGAUUAUCCAGGAUAUGCUGGUGGAAAUCAGGAUAAUUUAAUACGAUUCGUCCGCGAUCCACAGCAACCGAUUGCAAAUAUUCCUGCAGAGCCUGGCCGAAGAAUGCCAGUAGCAAAUGAGAACAAUAGACAAGAUAGACAAAAUAUUGUACGGAUCAUCAAUAGAGAUUUGCUGCUGCAACGGCGUGAAAAUGUCCUAUUAAAUCAUAGAAUAUUACGUCAACAUGGAGAUCAAAUGCAAAUAAACGCUGCCUAUCAACGCAUUUUCGAUGCCGGCGGUAAUCAUGUACAACGCCCUCGUCCUGAACCGCGACCUGACCGACCAGAUGACAGAGGUUUGGCUGAAAAUCCACCACGUGAACGUCUUGUAGAACACGAUGUGAACUUGCGUUUGCAUGAUGAAGCGAAUAAUGUUCCAGUGCAGAAUGAAAACGAAGAACAACCACCACAGCAGCCACCACCACCACAACGCGUACUACCACAUGUGAUUAUUAUGCCAGGAAAUUUUCAGGAACUUGUUCACCGGCCAGGCAACGGAAAUCAACAUCAAAUUUUUGUAAACCUAGGCAUAGGGCAACAAGCGCCAAAUUACGUAUCAUUAAUUAGUGAUCGUGGUAUUUGUGCGUACGGAGUGUCACGUAAUGAGCUAGCAGGAGCCCUUCUGGAUGAAAUAUUACACCAUAACCUUACUGGCUUGGAGCGUUUGUCCAUACGCAAUUAUAAGCUUGUCACCGAUACAUCGCUUGAUCAUCUCGAAACAGCAGCACCGCACUUGAAGCUUUUAGACGUAACAGGAACAUCUGUGACUGCUCAAGGAAUUCGCAACUUUAGACUUUCCCGUCCUCAUUGCGUGGUCGUCUCUGACCAUGACAAAAUGGAAAAUGAAUCAAAUCCUGUUGUAAAUUCUGAAGCUGUAAGCGUAGAUCGUCUUUAAUGAAUGUCUAACAUGUGAAAUACUUAUAGUAUGAGCGUAAUACACUUUUGUUUGCCAAUAA